CCGCCAACCCAAACCGUUGCCGUCGGAACGUCCAUCAGCUGGAGACGCGUGCAGACCAGGAGCGCCGGCGAUGCAUAUCCCGGCCGUGUACCACGCUGCCAACCUCCUCGUGCCGUGUGGAAUUUAUAUUCAGGCCGCCGGUCACAACCAGAUGGCCAGGAUCGCACACCGUCGGCGGAUGCGUAUUAAUACGCGCUGCCCAGGCUCUGCAAUUGGACUACAAGCAAACGCCGCGAAGACGACGCGUGUAGCAGCCGUCGCGUUAAGCAGGGCCUUGCCGAAUUCUCAAGUAGCAGCUGGAGGAGGAAGAAGAGGCCGGCCGGGUCGGGCGAUCGAGCUGAGGAGGUCAGGGGAUGGGCACCGACUCGCCGUCGCCGUCGACGGCGCCGGUUGCCCUUGGGGCGAAGGGCGCGGUGAGGGCGGUGGCGCUGCACCACCAGGCCGUGGUGGGGUUCCUCCUCGGCUUCCUCCUCGUCCUGCUGCUCUACACCACCGUGUCUUCCCAGUUCGGCUCGCAAAACGCCAUUGGCGUCCUGCAGUCUACGCCGGCCGCGCGUACGGGUCAAACCGCCAUGACUCCUCAAACGUCGCCAUCGCCGAUGCCGAACAACAUGGCAAAAGGAGAUCAUAUCAAGGAAGACAAUAAAGGGCAGCAAUGCGAUACACCUAACAAGAUGGAGGAGGAUCAUAUCCAACAUGGUAUCAAUGGAAUCGAAAAGAACAAUCAAACUGAAGCCAAAUUGGAUAAUGAGAAAGAGAAAAAUCCAGGGGAGGCAGCAGGUCAAGCAUCAGUGGACGAUGCAAGUGACAGGAUAGAGAAAGAGCUUAUCCGGCAAGAAAUCGAUCAAGGAGGCAUCAAGAAUGAUACCAACAUCGAACAAGCUACGCCACGCAAGCCAAUCUGCGACCUCUCCGACCCCCGAUACGACGUCUGCGAGAUCUCCGGCGAUGCACGCGCCCUGGGAGCCAACCGCACCGUCCUCUACGUCCCGCCAGCCGGCGAGCGCGGGGCGGACAGCCAGGAGUGGAGCAUCCGGGACCAGUCACGUAAGUACCUGGAGUACGUGGGCAAGGUCACGGUUAGGUCGCUGAACGCCUCCCAGGCGGCGGCGGCGCCGGAAUGCACCUCCCGGCACGCCGUCCCGGCCGUGGUGUUCGCGAUGAACGGGCUCACGUCCAACCCGUGGCACGACUUCAGCGACGUGCUCAUCCCCCUCUUCAUCACCACGCGCGCACUGGACGGCGAGGUCCAGUUCCUCGUCUCCGACCUCCAGCCGUGGUUCGUGGACAAGUACCGGCUCAUCCUCAGGAACCUCUCCCGCUACGACGUCGUCGACUUCAACCAGGACGGCGGCGUCCGGUGCUACCCGCACGUCACCGUCGGCCUCCGCAGCCACCGCGACCUCGGCAUCGACCCCGCGCGCGCGCCGCGGAACUACACCAUGCUCGACUUCCGGCUCUACGUCCGCGAGAUCUACUCGCUGCCGCCGCCGGGCGUCGACGUCCCGUACAAGGAGGCAAACCGCGCUGCGGCGGAGCAGCAACGGAAGCCACGGCUGAUGCUUAUAAACCGUGGUCGGACGAGGAAGUUCGUCAACUUCCCGGAGAUCGUCGCGGCGGUGCAGAACGCCGGGUUCGAGGUGGUACCCGUCGAGCCGCGCCGGGACCUCAGCGUGGAGGAGUUCUCCCGGGUGGUGGACUCGUGCGACGUGCUCAUGGGCGCGCACGGCGCCGGGCUGACCAACUUCUUCUUCCUCCGGAGCAACGCGGUGAUGCUGCAGGUGGUGCCGUGGGGGCACAUGGAGCACUCGUCCAUGGUGUUCUACGGCGGGCCGGCAAGGGAGAUGCGGCUGCGGGACGUCGAGUACAGCAUCGCGGCCACGGAGAGCACGCUCUACGACAAGUACGGCAAGGAUGACCCGGUGGUCAGCGACCCGGAGUCCAUACACAAGCAAGGGUGGCAGUUUGGGAUGAGGUAUUACUGGAUAGAGCAGGACAUCAGGCUCAACGUCACAAAGUUUGCUCCCAUGCUGCACCAGGUGCUUCAGAUGCUCAGGGAAUAGGGGGGAAUCAAAUGAAAAUAUGGACCAUUAGAUUAUUACAGCCAUGCUUAGAGAUGUAUAGGAUGAACCUUUUACAUUUGUUGUGCUCUGAUCAUCGUUCGUCUUCUUUCUGGAUCAAUCUGAUCUUACCACCAAAAUGGUCACUGAAACAUCCCAAUAUGCAUGUGUGAAGAGAUUACCAAAGAAGAUUGGCAAAAUUUGUGGAGACGUCA